AUGGGUGGCGCGCUGCUGCUGGCGCUGCUGGCGGCGGCGCGGGCCGGCGAGCCCAACGCGACCGACUCGCUCAGCCCCUCGCCCUCCGGCACCGCCGAGCCCGAGGAGAAGCCCGCCCCGCUGUUCCCCGUCGACCUGUUCACGGAGGAGCAGCGGCGGUCGGGCGCGGUGCUGCUUCACGUGCUCGGCAUGGGCUACAUGUUCGUCGCGCUCGCGAUCGUGUGCGACGAGUUCUUCGUGCCGUCGCUGGACGUGAUCAUAGAGCGGCUGGCCAUCCGCGACGACGUGGCCGGCGCCACCUUCAUGGCGGCGGGGGGCUCCGCGCCCGAGCUGUUCACCUCCGUCAUCGGGGUGUUCGUGUCGUUCGACGACGUGGGCAUAGGGACGAUCGUUGGCUCCGCCGUGUUCAAUAUAUUGUUCGUGAUCGGUGCGUGUGCGCUGUUCUCCCGCACUACACUCACGCUGACGUGGUGGCCGCUGUUCCGAGACUGUACCUUUUACUCCAUCAGCCUGUUGGUGCUGAUAUACUGUUUUCGCGACAGCGAGAUCUACUGGCAGGAGGCGCUGGUGCUGUUCUCGUUGUACGGCGCGUACGUGUUGUUCAUGAGGUGGAACCAGCCGGUGGAGCGGGCCCUCAAGAAGCUCAUCUACAAGAACAAGGUGACCCGCGUCAGAAGUACAGAUCAGCUGAUGCCAACGCACCAGACGGCAGCACAGAGUUUGCACGGCAACGCGACGACGUCGAGUGAGACCUCAGUUGGGACGAACACUGCGACGGCCCCCACCGCGCCUACCGCCGGCUCCAGCAAGGGUCCGCCUCCAGCUGCCAAGUUCCGCCACGGUCUGCUGCAGCUCAUGAUACAUACCAUCGAUCCGAUGCACGACGGUGAGUUAGGUAAAGUGGAUGAGAAGGCUACGCAGCUGCAUGCGAUAGCGUCCCUCAAGGUGCUUCUGGAGGCGACUCGACCGACGGCGGGUGGCGCGGGCGCAACUGCGGCGAGGCAUACGGCAGCUGCUGCGAAGGAAACGCCACUCGAUCUUCCCAACGGGGGGCUCGCGGACGUCCAAUUAGAUGCUAUAGAAGAGAUAGGAGACCUGGAGGAGGACACGACUCCGCUGGACAUGUCGUGGCCUACCGGGUUCCGAAAGCGACUGACUUACCUGUUGGUUGCACCAAUUGUCUUCCCUCUAUGGAUCACCCUCCCGGAUACGCGGACUCCGAGAGGGAAGAAUCUAUUCCCUAUAACAUUUAUAGGGUCAAUAGUUUGGAUAGCGUUUUUCUCAUACCUAAUGGUAUGGUGGGCGAACGUAGCUGGUGCGACCGCGAAGAUACCCCCCGAGGUGAUGGGCCUCACGUUGCUGGCUGCGGGGACCUCGGUGCCGGACCUCAUCACGUCCGUCAUCGUCGCCAGAAAGGGGUUUGGAGAUAUGGCCGUCUCCAGCUCGGUGGGCAGCAAUAUUUUUGAUGUUACCGUUGGAUUACCUCUGCCAUGGCUGUUAUACGGGUUAAUUAAUGGUGAGCCAGUCCAAGUGAACUCCAAGGGUAUGGUCUGCAGCAUUGUCCUGCUAUUUGCCAUGCUGCUUUUCGUCAUCCUCAGCAUAGCCUGCUUCAGGUGGAAAAUGAACAGAGGACUGGGCUUCACGAUGUUCCUUCUUUACUUUGUCUUCGUUGCAGUAAGUUUAGGUCUUGAAUACGGAUACUUGCAUUGUCCCAGCGAGUAAAGCAACAUCAUCGUCAUGGAAUUGAAGACAAUGUUUAACGUUUUAAUUUUCUGAUUUCUCAACUUUAUUAGAAGCAAAUGGUUAAUUGGGAAUAUUCUUUGCGACAAUCCAGUAUCUAAAUUAAAUAAGUUAAUAACUGUAGUAUCAUUUAUAUCAAAUGACGUAGUAUAGGAUGGAAAUUUUGUACAUAUAGCUAAAGUGCUUUAAAAUCUAACGGCCGAUUAAAUGAUAGACGAAUUUUGAAAUGAUUAUUAUAUAAUAGAAGUUCUGGAUUGUUAAAUAGGAAAUUCCCAAUCAACACGAUUAUGACUUUGUACUUAUUUCUAUUAAUUAGAUUUUGAAGAAAUUAUAGUCCUUUUGAGGGUUUAUGCUUUAGAAGAUCAAUAAUUAUUUCUAUAUACAAAUAGAUGACAACUUUAUGAUGAUGUAUUUACCGUGAAUAAAGUUUAUUUAAAAGUUAGCGUUACUACUAAUGUUAAUUUUCUUUAUAUGUACCUCCCUAUUUUCUAUAGAUGUCGUAAUAGCACAAAUUAUAAAAGAAAUAAAUUGCUCAAUUAACUUUCUUACGUUGUGAUUGUUUUGCUGAAUAGAAUUAUUUUAGAAUUUUCUAAUUAUACUGGCUUGUGAUAGAGUACAGUUCAAGAGAGAAUCGAGCACCAAAUGUAAUUUUUAAGAAGUUAUUGUUUGAAAUAUUUCCCAUGUAGUGGAAAUAAAACGGAUUGAAUUCUAAAUAUUCCUAAAUGCAAUAAAUUAUAAAAAGCUUCGGUGACUAUAAACAGAGUAGAUCUAUACGAAACUUUGAAGGUUAUGUAAAAUGAAUAAUUCUUUUUUUAUAUUAAAGAGACUAUAAGUAAUUACAGAUAUUUAGGCCAUCAAUAGAGACUGUAAUAGUUUAUUAUAUAAAUGUUAGUUGUUCAUUAAAUGGCGCUUAAGACAACGUUUCUGCGUCGAUGGUGUAAAUUAAUUUUUCUAAUUUAUAUUGAGUACUAAUUUUGAAAUAAAUUCGUUACUAGAUUUUAAAAUAUUUACAACACAACUACUGCAAUAUGUGAUAUCGUAUCAAAUUUAAUAUACGUCGAAGUCGAUUAUGUUUUAUAGUGUGUACCGAAAUAUUAGGAUGUUCGUGUACAAGUCAGUGAAGUUAUUUUUGUAUAUAAAAAUCUUGUUUUGUAUACAAAUGAUAAUAGUGUAUUAUGGAUAGCUACAGGUCGGUAUGACCUGACAGAUCAGUCCAUGGUUCGAUGUAAAUCAUUAAUUUUAACGUAACGUGAAAUAAAUUCUUGCGGGUAGAUGUCGGUAAUGUUGUCUCAGCACAAUUUGCUAGAAAUGAAAGAGUUGUAAAUACACAAGUAGAGGAAGAUAAGGCGAUCAUGGAGCGGGGCAAAUGUGACAGAAUUUUUAAUAAAGUUCUCAUUCCAUAAAAUGUGCCUAAGAGUUCCUACGAACUCAAUAACAUUGUUAGCUUCGUUUUAAAUAUUGUAAUGCGCCGAUACGAAAAGUACUAACUUUCAUAUAUGUAGGUACUGUCAAUGUAGCUAUCGUUAUAAUAAUAGACCUAAAGUUUCCAGGGCGCAUAUGUCCCGCUCUCAAAUAUUAUACGGUAGUUAUAUUUUACCCUAUUCACUAUAAUUCUUCUAUACUUUUAUUUCUUGUAUUUCUCGAGUGGUUAAUCUUUACCUUCAAUUAUAUAUUAUUCUAUUAUAAAAAUAAUAACAUCUGACAAAAUAGUCAAUUCUUAAAAAUACGUUUUAGCUGUAAGAAAUGUAUUUUUCUUCAUGCGUUCAACAAGACACAGUUCGAAGGGUAAUUUAAAAUUGGUUCAUUAAUAAAACCGUCCAGUUUUCUUUCUGAUCUUUUCGUUAUAUGUGCUUUCGCUUUCUCCGUAUUUUUCUUAUUUCAUUUUGACUAGCUUAUCAAUAGGUGGUUAAUGAUGAUUUUAGUAUCAAACAAUUUUGUAUGUUCAAUUGUUAACAUCCCACAAAGUUUUAUAUUGAUAACCCGCCUAUUUGACAUAGCAAUAAAUAGACUAGAAUAGAUAGUUAAAUAUUUGUAUUUUAAGCUUUAACAAUCAGACCAUUGUGUAAAGCUCAAGUGGUUAAAAGUAAAUUCAUUGUAAAGUUUGUUUAGUUCGUACAAAAUUCAUUAAUAUGUAUAUUGAAUGCGCACAAGUGUAUCAAACAUUUAUAUUUGCUUAUGUAAUGAAUUAUUGACUAAUAUUUUUCAUAACUAUAUACGAGAAUUUAACAAACUUACUGUGUUUUCCUCUUUCACGACAAUUGUUUCGACUUCGUCCGGAAAUCUUCUUCAGGGUGAGUAUGUAGCCUUCGCUGCAACGUCUUACCUCAGACUGUAAUUCCCGUAAACAGUUAUGAAAAAUGCUAGUGUAAAAAUGAAUAAAUUUUAGAAAUAUUAACUAUUUAUUUCUUUUUGAUAGAACUUAAAGAGUAAAUAGAGAGUUAUUUAAAUUCGUAUAGAAUGAACACUGUUGCACUUGAUACAUAAUGUAUGACAAAUUAGCGGUGGUUUUGACAUUUUUAAUAACGACAUAUCGAUAGGUACCGGACAAUCGAGUAGGUCAUAAUCUGUGAUAAGGGCAUGCUUAUGACGUAUUUAUAAAGUGUUUAUAGAAAUUCAUCUCUUUACAAUCACAAAUUCUUUAUAUAUAAGGUUAGGCUUGGAUUUGAUAGACUUCUGUAGUUCGCUUAGCGGCCACUCUCGGUCGAGCAGUUUCGAUUACUAUUAAAAAUCUUAUUAAACAUCUAUAACUACAAAUUAUAUUCCAAUUCCUAUACUUUCAUCUAAAUUUUCCAAUGGAACUGUAAAGCCGUCGAGUGGUCAAUCUAUACAAGUGUUAAGAAAUGAAUCAUCUUUGCUCUAACUGAUGCAAUUACUUCUUUAAGGUUUGGUGAUAUAUUACUCAUUAUAUUUAAUAAUUCAAUCUAGUACGACGUAGAUGCUGUAAAUUGGAGUAUAUCCUUUUACAUAUUUGUAACUGUCAUACUGUGGGAAGCACCAAGUACCAUGCGCGUACGAUUUGUAUGUAUCGCCUAUUAAGCUACGCUAAAUAUAAUUAUUACUAUUACACUAGCGAUUUCUAUCUAUCUCUUGUAUAAUAUAAGUAGAAUUUGUAAAUUUAUCAUCCUUCCAUUGUUUGUAGUAGUGCGAUGCCGUUGGGUCUGUCGGACUGAGUUUCAAAUCAUGGGUUAGGUACUUCACGUGGGCGUUGGUCCCUCCUACUGCAUGUCACACGUAGUUACAUCAACUUGCAUUUGUUCAGUACCAAAUAGCACGUCGAGCUAGAUACCAUUACUCAGCGUUUGUUAUACCUAGUUACUGUAAGAGUUGACUCUAUUAACUAUUCGUACGGUAUCGUCUCACUUAUUGGUACCGAUUAACUCGUAAACUUUAUAACUUCUUUCGUAGACUAAGAUAUCUAUAGACUAAAUGCUAUCAUUAAAAUUAAAAAUGUUUAUUAACAAAAAAUUAAAAUAUAAUAAUAUCCAGGUAGAGAUUGUUACUAGAGUGAUGGUUUUUAUAUAAAAAAUUAUAAAGUAAAAAUUUAUGCAGAUAAUAAAAAUAUUAGCAUUACACUUUUUUUGACACACACGCGUCAAUACGAACACCAUAAAUGUAAUGUCGUAUGUUUAGUGAAAUAUGCUAUUACUCUUUAUAUUCAGCUUUAAAUUUGUAUGGGUCAAGAAAAGUGAAGUGGAUUUACAUAGUCAUCGAUUUGGUUUAUGGCUGAUUCAUCUCGAUUUCGGGAUGUUGUGACGAGAUGUAGUACAAAUCUGGAUCGAAGUAGACAAAUUGAAGAACAUACAACAAUGUUACAAGAGUAUAAUAAAAUAUUGAAAUAUAUCUGCAAAGGUUUUCGGUAAAUUUA